UUUUAACGAAGGCUAUUGAAACUCAAAAAAUUUCAUUGCAGUUGAGAGGCCGCACCUUUAAGAAAAUGAAUACAGCGAUUGUUAUAUACUUGUUAUUGUCCCUCUUGGGAUAUUCCAAGAUCAUUAUUGCAGCAUCAAUUUCUUCUGAUGUACAGGCAAUUCCCUCUGAUAUAGCAUCGCUCCCUUUCGAUGCAGUUUCUGCGGAUGAAGAACCAACCCCUUCAUUUAGUAGAGUUGUAGGAGGAGUACACGUUGAUAUUAGAGAUUAUCCUUAUCAGACUUCAGUGCAAUACUCCUCGAUCCAUAUUUGUAGUGGUUCAAUUAUAGCCGAAUCUAUUAUUCUUACAGCCGCCCAUUGUGUUUCACAAAAAUCGGUUUCACAAUUCUCCAUUCGCGCAGGAUCGAAUUUUCGAAACGUAGGUGGCGUUACAAGGGCAGCUACUGCCAUCUACGUUCCUGCAACGUAUAAUUCGAGUACCGCUGAUAUGGAUAUUGCACUCAUCUAUUUACAAUCUGCUUUAACGUAUGGAGAAACAAUUAAUGCUGUUUCAUUGGCAGCAUACAACAUUAUUAUUCCUGCUGGUUACAAUGCAACAACAACUGGAUGGGGAGAUGGCAAUUUCAGUUCCCGUCUUCGAGGUUUUACCGUGCCAUUUGUUCCCCACUCUAUCUGCCGAAACAGCUAUAACCUAACCCCAAACAUGCUCUGUGCAGGGUUUGCUCAAGAAAAUCGUAACGCUUGUCAGGGUGAAUCGGGUGGACCAUUGGUUUUAAGCCGUUACGGUCAAAUUGGAAUUGUUUCCUGGGGACGUGGAUGCUCCUACCGUGUCUAUUCCAGCAUUCCUGCUCUUCAAGAAUGGAUCUACUCAGUGAGCGGAUUAUAGAUAUAUAUGCUAUAAAUUAGUGUAAAAACAAAUAAAAUAUAUGGCAAACAAC